AUGACCCAAGCUUUUUCUGCGCCAGGAAAGGCACCACUCUUACCUAUGACACACUCCGGUUUGCUGAGUUUGAGGAUUUCCCCGAGACCUCCGAGCCUGUUUGGAUCUUGGGCAGAAAAUACAGCAUCUUCACAGAGAAGGAUGAGAUCUUGUCUGAUGUGGCAUCCAGACUGUGGUUUACAUACAGGAGAAACUUCCCAGCCAUUGGGGGAACUGGACCCACCUCUGACACAGGCUGGGGCUGCAUGUUGCGGUGUGGACAGAUGAUCUUUGCACAGGCCCUGGUGUGCCGUCACUUAGGCAGAGACUGGAGGUGGGCACAACGGAAAAGGCAGCCUGACAGCUACUUCAGCGUCCUCAAUGCUUUCCUUGACAGAAAGGACAGCUACUACUCCAUCCACCAGAUAGCACAAAUGGGAGUUGGCGAAGGAAAGUCCAUUGGCCAGUGGUAUGGCCCAAACACCGUCGCCCAGGUCCUCAAGAAGCUUGCUGUGUUCGACACAUGGAGCUCCUUGGCUGUUCAUAUAGCGAUGGACAAUACUGUGGUGAUGGAGGAGAUCAGGAGGUUGUGCAGGACUGGCCUUCCAUGUGCUGGGGCCACUGUGCUUCCCACUGAUGCUGACCGGCACUGUAAUGGAUUCCCCACUCUGACUGAGGUCACCAAUAGGCAAUUGCCAUCGCCAUGGAGACCCCUGGUGCUUCUCAUCCCCUUGCGUCUGGGGCUCACAGACAUCAAUGAGGCCUAUGUGGAGACGCUGAAGCACUGUUUCAUGAUGCCCCAGUCCCUGGGUGUCAUUGGAGGGAAGCCCAACAGUGCCCACUACUUCAUCGGCUAUGUUGGCGAAGAGCUCAUCUACCUGGACCCUCACACCACACAGCCGGCAGUGGAGUUGACAGAUGGCUGCUUCAUCCCUGACGAGACUUUCCACUGUCAGCACCCUCCCUGCAGGAUGGGCAUUGGGGAGCUGGACCCGUCCAUCGCUGUGGGGUUUUUCUGUAGGACUGAGGAUGACUUUAAUGACUGGUGCCAGCAAGUCAAAAAGCUGUCCCUGCUUGGAGGUGCCCUGCCCAUGUUCGAGCUUGUAGAGCAGCAGCCUUCUCACCUGGCCUGCCCCGACGUCCUGAACCUGUCCCUUGAUUCUUCUGACGUGGAGCGAUUGGAAAGAUUCUUUGAUUCAGAAGAUGAAGACUUUGAAAUCUUGUCCCUCUAA